CCCGCGGAUCUUUUCGCCACGUUUUUCCACACAGAGGACCGCAAGUAUGAAGAAGAGGACCAAUUCGGUGCGAUAGGAUGGCAGCUGACAAAGACUUAGUGAAAUGGUUUUGACACCAUUUUGGAAAGGUAAAGACAGGCCAGCUUUCCAAGCGUAAUGGACCCCUGCCACAGCAAACACCACAUCGAUUCCAGAAUUAGCCCGGUGAUAAGUGCCAUCAUGUUUGCCGCGGGCCUCCUGGGCAAUGUGGCCGCCCUUGUGAUCCUGGAGAUCCGACGCCGGCGAGAACUGAAGGUCGCGGACUGCCGAGGACGAGCACUUUUCCAGAUCCUCAUUACUUCGCUAGUCGUCACCGACUUGGGUGGAACGUGCUUGGUCAGUCCACUUGUGCAGGUGUCGUACUCGCGGAACAUCACGUUGGAGGGAAUGUCACCGAAAACCCAUGGAGUGUGCGCUUACUUUGGAUUCAGCAUGACUUUCUUCAGCUUGGCCACCAUGUCACUUCUCCUAACGAUGGCUCUAGAGAGGUGUUUGUCUAUCGGCUACCCCUACCUCUACACUCGGCACGUCACCCCAAAAUUGGCCUACAUUGCAAUUCCAGUGGUAUUUUUAGUCUGUAUUUUAUUCUGUCUCCUCCCCUUUGUGGGAUUUGGGAAAUAUGUACAAUAUUGCCCAGGCACAUGGUGCUUCAUUGACAUGAACCCAGAGCAGAGGAAAGACCGUGUCUACGCCAACUUGUAUGCCACUGUCAUGUUAGUACUGGUGCUGACCAUAGUGGCAUGCAACGCCUUUGUGAUCUACCAUUUGCUGCGCAUGUACCAGCGCCGGAAAAGGAACGGAGGCUCCUUUAUAGCGAGUAAACGUUCCAACAGCGAUCGGAGGCCAUUGUCUAUAGCAGAGGAGGUGGAGCAUCUCAUCCUACUAGUCUUCAUGACGACCAUCUUCAUCAUCUGCACGUUGCCACUUGUGGUUCGUGUGUACAUGAAUUCGGUGGUUGGUGACCGCUUUGAAUCACACCUCAAGGACCUGAUCGCCCUUCGUUUCAUCUCAGUCAACUCCAUCAUCGACCCCUGGGUCUUCAUCAUCCUUUCUCCUGGUGUGCUGCACUUUUGCCUGGCCUCUAUCUGCAGAUCCCGCUCAAGAACAUUGAAAACGUCUGUGCUUAACCCGACAAAGACCGAAGAGGUUCAGACCUCUGUAGAGCUGCCGUGCACGGAACCGGAACACAGAGGGUCUCUUCCGCCUCCAGAAAAUGUAUGACUAGUCUUCUUUUUUUAUGGGAAAUUAUUUUGAUAGUUUUAUUUAUUUUUAGUUUUCCAAAGGUCACAUGGUUAGAUCUCUUUGCUAAUCACGUGGAACAGAGGUUUGAAUUUGUUUUUUUUUUUUUAUCUUAUUCUGGCCAGUUCCAGUAUUAUCAGCUGCUGGCAGUUUCUUCAUAUCCGUUGUAAAUGCUUUUUUCAUACUACUUGUAGUUCAGAUACUGAAUAUUCAUGCAUGUUUUUGUAUUCAGUCAACCUUUAUGUUUCAAGUACUUAAAGUGGUAUGAAAAUGUUUGGGCACCCCUCAUAAUUUUCAAGAUUUUUCUUUAUAAAUAAUUGUUUGUAUAGGUCAGCAAUUUCAUGCUAAUAUAGGAUUACAAAAAAAGAAAAACAAUGUGGUGAAGAGGGGAUUUUUAUUAUAGCUCCAGAAAGUGUGCAAUAAUUAUUUCAACAAAAUUGACUAGGUGCAUAAAUUUACGGACUCAGACAGAAAAAUUACAUCAAUAUUUAGGAUCCUCCAAAAUGAUAUUCCUUCUACAAAAAUAACAACAACACUUUCUAUAAAUUCCAAUGAAAGUCUGGAGAUUGGUUGAGGGUAUUUUGGACCAUCCAUCAUCUCCUGUUCAGUCAGGUUUGAUGGUUUACAAUCAUGGACAGCCAGCUUUAAAUCGCACCAAGGGUUUUUAAUAAUAUUCAGGUCUUGGGGACUGAGAUUCCAGAAUGCCAUUCCAGAAUGUUAUACUUUUUCCUCUGCAUGAAUGCCUUUGUAGAUUUUGAUCAGUCUUUAGGUUCGUUGUUUUGUUGAAGUAUGCAGACGUGCCGUAACUUCAACUUUGUCAGUGAUCCUUGAACAUUGUUCUCUCAAAAAUCUGCUGAUAUACAUAUGUGAGCUUCAACUUUAACAAGAUUGCCAGCAACUGCACUGGCCGCGCAGCCCAACAGCAUGAGGGAACCCCACCAAAUUGUAUUGUGGUUAGCAAGUGUUUGUCUUGGAAUGCUGUGUUCUUCAACCUCCAAGCAUACUGUACCCCCCGCCCCCCUUGUUAUGACCAAAUAACAAGGGGAUAUAUAUAAUAAUUUUAGUUUCAUCAGUCCUUAUUCCAAAAUGAAACUGGCUUGUCCAAAUCUGCUAUACCAGGGGUCCCCAUCUGCCGGGCUGCGGACCGGUACCGGUCUGUGGCGCAUUUGCGACCGGGCCGCAAAGAAAAAAAAUAAUUUAAUAACGACCGCAUUCUGGCCAAAUUAACCCUGUGCCCCUGCUUAACACACCAAUAUCUCUGUCUACUCUAGAUAUAAUACUACGGGAUAGAUUACAAUGUUGUCAUAGAAGUCCAUCUUGUUUGUGUAUAUAAUAUAUCUAUGUGCGCUUGUCCUUGAUAAUAGCGUAUUACUAGGCCGCGGCGCAGCACAUUUGUUCCCGGAAAUAAUUAGCCCCCACACGAGCGAAGAUAACAGGAAAACAGACGUCUUUGGAAAUAUUUUUACGGCGAAAAGGGCACCUGACGAGCCUACAACCUCGAAGACCCACGAACUGCGAAGGAGUGGAUUCGUGACCCAUUUCUGAAUAAACAGAGAGAUCGCAAAUGACGGCGACCUUAUUAAACGUACAUUUGAGACAACAACUCUACCGAGGUUCUGGAUUAAAGUCAUUCUGGAAUAUCCUGACAUCGCGACAAGAGCGUUGAAAACCUUGCUACAAUUUCCAAAUCUUUGUGAAGCGGGCUUCUUAAUUAAUGUUUAACGACAAGGCGAAGUCGUUAAUGGUGAGCGCGGUGUGCAGCUGUUGUGUGAAGCUUACAUGGCAGGAUGAAUCUGAGGAGAACUUUUCUACAAGUCCUUCCAUGAUCAAACGUAAGUUAAUAUUCCUUUCUUUCAAGAAAGUUUGUAGUGUUUACUUUGGAAUCGCUGCAUUUGCGCAUUUUGCGGCUAUGUUUAACGUUACGCGCAUGCGCAGAACCGCAUCGUUGCAAUUUUUGAUGGGUUGCAAAAUUUGUCAGAACACCGGUCCAUGAAAAAAAAGACCCAAAUAACACCGGUCCAUGGUGCAAAAAAGGUUGGGGGCCCCUGUGCUAUACCAUACACCAUCUCUUUGUGCAAAGUGCAGCGACCUCAUUUUUUAAGUCUUUGGAGCUGGACUGUGGGUAAGCUGAUUCUUCUUAACAUCUUUUGGCUCUGUUUAUCAGAGAUUUUUCUUGGCCUGCCACACUCAGCCUUAACUAGAACUGUCCCUGUGGUCUCCCAUUUCCUCGCGAUAUUCUACAAAGUUCGAACUGGCAGCGGACAUCUCUUAGCUUUGUAUCCUUCCCAUAAACUAUAAUGUUGAAAAAUCUUUUAUUUUUCAGUCAUUUGAUUGUUGUUUUGAGGCUCCCUUGAAGUCACUCUUUAGAGAAGAUGCAAAGAGGAGAAACGCUCACGAACGUCCACCAUAAAUAUCCUUUCUCAUUAUUGACUUUACCUGUUUAUGUCAUGAAGGUCACGGGUCAGCGAGCUUACGAAACCAAAUUUUAUGUCCAGUGACAGGUGCUAAGGGUAUUCAAAACAAGAAAUAACAAGGGUGCCCGAUUUUUUUCACCUAGCUUAUUUUUUUCAAAUAAUUAUUACCGUAUUUUUAGGACUAUAAGUCGCACCUGAAUAUAAGCCCAAAAAUGCACAAUGAAGUAAAAAAAAAAAAAAACAUAUAAGUUGCACCGCAGUAUAAGUCGCAUUUUGGGGGGAAAUUUACUUGAUAAAAUCCAACACAUAGAACAGAUAUGUCAUCUUGAAAGGCAAUUCAAAAUAAAAAUACAAUAGAGAACAACAUGUUGAAUAAGUGUACAGUAUGAUAAUGUUACAUGAUGCAUGAACAACGAAAUGCAAACGUGGCCGGUAUGUUAUCGUAACGUAGCUAUUGAGAGUUAUUCAGAUAAUUAUAGCAUACAGAAUAUGCUAAAACGUUUACCAAACCAUCAGUGCCACUCCAAAACACCAAAAUAACAUGUGAUGAUAUAAUAAUGUUUUAAUAAUUUCACACAUAAGUCGCUCCAGAGUAUAAGUCGCAGCCCAGCCAAACUAUGAAAAAAAACUAAGACUUAUAGUCCGAAAAAUACGGUGCACACUUUCUGUAACGCUUUUUUUCCCCACCUCUCAAAUAUUUUAAUGCAGUUUUAUAUAAUUAGGUGAAAUUCCUGAUCCAUACAACCAAUUAUUUAUAAAGGAAAAUGGAAAAUUAUCAGUGGUGAGCCAACUAUUUCAUACCAAGGUAAAAUGUGUCUAAAAUCUUGUUGUCCAAGGUCUGUGUGAGAAAAAAAACUAUUGACACAAAAUGCUUCAGGAUGGUAUGCAUUAAACCCUGCAUAUUUGCAGUUUGGUAUUCGUGUAUUGGCCUUUUUGUAGAUUUCAUAUUGGUUAUUCACUUUAAAACCUGUCUAUUUGCUUUUCUGUGCUCAGGCCAAUGCGAUAAGAGUGUUAUUAAGGCACUGUCAUUGUAUUUGUGUUGGUAUGUCCUGUGGUCCAUGAAUGCCUUUCAUUCACAAAGUGAAAUUGAAAGGGAACGUCUGUUUUUAGCUUAUUAGCCUAAAUUUAUUUGGGUGUAAAUGCCAAAAGGUGACUUGAAUCAUACUACAGUAGUUUGUUUGUACAAGCGUGUUAGUUACUUGGUGAGUGUGCAAGCUAAUAUUUUUGAUGAGCCUUAUGUGAAUGUUUUAUUUGCAUUGAAUAGUUUAACUAUGAAUAUAGUUGAUAAUGUGUCAUGGGUUCAUGAUUUUUGUCAAUAUUAGAUUGUAGGUGUUGACGCUUUAUGAUCUGUCUUACUGAUAUAGCUUGUAAACACAAUUAUAAACACCUUUUGUGUCCGUCUCUCUCCUUCACUGUAAUCUCCAUAAAAUGUGAAUCACGAACACUUAAUCCAUCCAUACCAGGUCAGAUGUAUCCACAGAUUGGGAGUUUGACCGUAUGCUCUAUUACUAUACUUUCUAGGCUGCUUACUGUAAUGCAUGUGGGCUGUGCUCGUGAUAGCAGUAUGUACUGUAUGUGCGUACAAUUACUCAAAUGGGAUUUUUAUUCCCCCACUAUGUUCUUUCUUACACAGAAGGACAUUGCAGGAAAUGCCACCUUGUAUGUUCAGUCUUGGCUGCUUGUUUUGUCAAUGCUUCAGAAAGGAUUAGAAGGAAUCAGGAAAUGUCCCACUGAAACCACUAAAGUUUAUUGUUGUUGCUCUAGCUUUUUAUUAGAGUUAUAUUUAACAAUUAAAAUAGUGACUCAUAGACUUCAUAACCUAUUCAUAACCAAGUAAUGAUGUCUAUGAGUGACUAGAAAUAUUUGAUUGUUACAAUUCAGAUAGGCUUGUUUUUUAUGAGCAUGCUGUGUGAGUAAUUCACAUUUCAGAGUAAAUACUUGAAAACAGUGCUACAUAAAUGUUGAUGCAAUGUGGGAACACUUGUGCCAUGUAAUUAUGGAAUGUAUACUGUAGAUGAAAUUGAGAUCAUUGAAUGUGCCUGUAUG